CAUCACAUUUUACUGAAUGGGGAAAACUGAGUUCACUUCAAGAAGUUUAAGCUUGUUCAAGAUUUGCAAGUGCCAGGAUAUCAAUUGAAGAUCCAUUGUUUUAUUUUUUUUUUUCCUUCAGUAAUUUUUCUUGUAGGAUAACUUGGUGAACAUGGACCUUUCAGAUGAGCAGAACAUUACACCAAGCUUGCAUCUGAAAAUGGAACACACAGAUUCUGAAGUUGCUCCUAAAUCUAGAAGGAGGGGGUUCAAAUCCCCUCAGCGCUACAGGUGCCAGAAACGCAGGGCCUCCACCAGCAAACCACCAAACUCUACUUCAGAGCGAAGAAAUGAACGGGAAAGGAACAGGGUGAAGCUUGUGAACAUGGGGUUUGCCAAACUGCGUCAGCAUGUGCCACAGAUUGGAUCAAACAAGAAGAUGAGUAAAGUGGAAACUCUGCGGUCAGCAGUGGAGUAUAUCAGGGCUCUGCAGAGUUUGUUAGAAAGUCUGGAUGACAGUCAAAUAACACCUCCCAGCAGCUUGUCUUCUUUAGAAGACUCUGGGUCAGCAUCAAUGUCUCCUGGAUCAGCAUGUUCUUACUCAUCAGAAGAAGGAUCACCAGAUUCCAGUAAUUCAGAUCACGAGCUGCUUCCAUAUUCAGCAUGGCUUGGGAUCCAUUGAGACACUUGGUGUUUUAAUUUAAUUUACCGAAAACUUAACUAUUAUUAGUUAAGGAAAAUACAAGACGAUGCUGCUGACGGGGGGGUCUUGGCCUGAGUGAAAAAGACAAUUACUGAAUCAGACAGGACUACACCCCAGGGGUACCCUCUGGUGUGAACGCUGCUUGCAUGUGACAUGCACAUGGAGGAACAGGAGUACAAAAUGGGACCGUCAAGGAGUCUGCUUUGUUUUUACAAGGACUACAUGUUUCAGAGUCUUAUUUAUGCAUAUUUAUGCGUAAUAUUUUGUAUGUACAUACAUAUAUGUUAUAAUAUAUAAAUCUGGGUAUGACCACUAAGUACCAUAUGGUCAGCUGUAAUGAUUUGAAAGCAUUGCAGAACAGAGGCUUAUGGGUCUACUUGUUAAUUAACUCUGGGGAUCUGCUCUUCUGCUUUCAUUAUGUUUCAGGGAGAGCAUGUUUCUUGGUUUCAUUAUGUUUCAGGGAGAGCAUGUUUCUUGGUUUCAUUAUGUUUCAGGGAGAGCAUGUUUCUUGGUUUCAUUAUGUUUCAGGGAGAGCAUGUUUCUUGGUUUCAUUAUGUUUCAGGGAGAGCAUGUUUCUUGGUUUCAUUAUGUUUCAGGGAGAGCAUGUUUCUUGGUUUCAUUAUGUUU